CACUCCAGUUCUUCAGGGCAAUCCUAGUGUUCACUAUUGUGUACGGCUGAGGAAAGAAGAAAAAGGAGGGAGCAUAGGGGGGAAGGAAAUCUGCCUCUUUGUGUGGGAAGGUCUCAGCAAGAAGGCGAUUUUGUAAUUAUUUGAGGUAGACACCAAAGCAAGGCUCUUCCUCCUGACCUCCAAACAGCAUCGUUUCCAAUUUCUGUACCUCUGCUGCCUUACGGGAGUCACAUAUGAGUGUGCUUCUGAGGCUGCCAAACAGCGACACCCGGGCUUCUCCUGAUGAUGAGAGCCGACGUCAGACUGGUUUCCAUGAAUAUUGAUGUGGAGGAUAGUCUGUUUCAUAGAAGAACAGAAGGAGGCAAGAUGGCUGCCUUUAGGAUUUGUUAAAGAGGAGAUCCAGACGGUUUGUUGGAAUUUCUACAAAGUGGAGGGACGUGAAAGGCAGGACGGACAGAGGGCAGCCUUGUGUAUGGACUCUGAGCAGGCCAGAUGGAAACAGAAGAGAAGAGACAUGAGAAGGAAGAAAGUUUGAUAUUAGAGCAAUUUGGCACAUCUCACAACAUCCCUCAUAAACUCCAGAAUGGAGGCCAGUUUUCAGAGGGAAAUUCUCUGCAGAUCACUGGGGAUAAAAACUGGAACCAUUAUAAACCCAGCACUGAUGCCAACACUUUAAAAAGGCACAGGGAGAACUGCAACAACCCUGCUUCAGAACAAGGGUUGCUGGAUCAAGGAUCCUACAUCAUGAAUGGAGAACUGAUGAAUGGAGAGUUAAAGCAUGCACUUACUGAACAGUCCUUAUUGGUCCAUCAGUCCAAGAAAACAAAAAUAGAUUCUGAGAUUAAAGGAAAGGAUGACAUAAAUUCAGAUUUAUUGGAAAAGUUUCCUGAACUGACAACAACAAAUGAAUUUGGAUGCAAUUCCCAAACGUCAGAUAUUAAGUUCGAUAGCAGGAACUGCAAUUUUCGUAACAGAGAUAUUUUCUGUGUGCCACGAAAUAAACAAGUUCCGAAUGGUGCUGUAUCAUCUCCCUCAACCAUAGAAAGCACCCCAGGUGAUUUGUUAGAGAAAACUUUGUCUCAGUAUUAUCCUGAGCAAGUCUCAAUUGCACCACAAACAUCUGGGUCACAAUUAGAUGCUGUCAAUAAUUCACUGCCUGAUAAACUGUCCAGUGAAGGUGCUCAACUUCCCCCUAUGACCUCAGGAUUGCCCAAUUCAGCACAGAUGCCUGGCUCACAGCAACAGCAGGCUCAGGCAUCUGGAAAUACUGAAGGAGGCAACAAUUAUAACUCUGUCAACUAUGUACUAAAUGGAUACUCCAAUAAUUUUGGAGCAGACGACCAGCAGACACAACAACAUCAGCAGUCAACAUCAUCUUAUUCUGGUGAGGAACUGGCUCUGGGACAGCUGUCAGGCAUGAUCCUGUCAACAAAUAAUGCCAAAAUCCCACAACAGCAUCCAAAUGGUGCGCAGUGUUAUCAGGAUGACACACGUCAUCAAGGUGUAUAUGUAAAAGCCCACCAGGAGUUUAACGGCAGUUCCUUUCCAAACUGCAAUAGUUCCCUACAGCCAGCAGAGGCAGAAUACGAGUCCUUUCCCAGUUCUGGGACACAGAAACUGGGGCAUGGUGAGGAAAACACGUCUAGUCAGCAUCUGCAGCAUGGCACUGAUAGGGAUCGCCACUAUGGGAUUCAAACCCAGAACUUUCAAGAAAAUGCUGUAAACCCACUUAGAGCUGAGAGUCAGGGACCCAUGGGAUCCAGACUCCAACAGUUACACCACACUGGUAUAGAAAACGGGAUGGAAAACACGUCUCAGCAGAGAGCCAAUUUAUCUUGUUCUACCCCUAACCAGAGAGGCUGGAGAGAACUGAAUUCUUCACAUUCCCAACAGCCACCAACAAGUGGCCCAUCAUCUCAGGCACAAGAGCAGGAUCUGUGGAGGAACUUCUCUACUAAGUCUAUGUCAGAACAGCAGACAGCUAACCCCCCGGAUCAUGACCAGAUGUUUGAGCCAAACCCAAUGCAAAGAUUUCAGACACAGAGAGUUUUCUCUGAUGGCAGCCAGGGGUCUAACUUCCAGAAGAAACAGCAGGAUUAUCUGCCAAUGCAAACGCAUUGUGCUUCAGCUCAGCACAACACUGCCUCUGAGUGGCAGCAAUCAAAUUCUGAAGGAGCUCAAAUGCAGCCGUCUUUAGCCCAGAAAAUGCCAGAGCAGCAAAACUUCACUCAAAAUCAACAAGUUGACAGUCGCUGCCAAUCCCAGAUGCAGUCAGAGCGCUUAUGUGAGGACAAUGACCUCCAGGAAAUAUUGUCACCUGGGUUUUUGGCAACACAGCAACAACAGCACUGUCAGCUCCAACGGCCAAUGUCCCAGCCACCACAAUUCGAAGCGCAGCAACUAAAGUCUCCCAGUUACAGACCUCACAGUCAGCCUCAGCCAGGUCAGCAGCUGCUUCAAUCCAAUCAGCCUUUUGGAAAUGGUCCUGCUCAAUCCAGCAACCAACACGUCCAGCAAAAUGACCAUGCAACAUUUAGUAAUAUUAACACAGUAGAGAUGUCACAACAUCAAAGGCAGUAUCCACCAAACUCAGGCAGCACUAACCUCAAGCAAUUUCAACCACAGCAGCCUAAAAGCCACUGCCACCAACCCAACCACGUGGACUUUCCCCCAAACUCCACACAGUCACAACCUCAUUUACCACAAGGUGCUUUAAGCCAACAGGUCACAAAACAAAUGUAUCCCAAAGCUGAACAGCAGCUGAAGACAUCUUGCACUCAGUUCCAAAGGGGACCUCAACUACCUCUGGGACCGGCAGGUCCCCACGUAGACUUUCAGAGGCAUGCAGCCCUACGUAUGCACCUGUUACAAAAGCAAGAACGCCAGGGCUCCCCUCAAACCCCUCAGAACUCUAGUGACCCUAAACAUAUCCAGAGAGCUGUGAAAAUGGAAAAUGGACCCAGACUUGAAAUAUCUGGGUUACAGAACCAGGAGCAUCAGAUACACAUGCGAGAGGCAGGUAGAAUACAAAUUAAGCAGGAAAACCAACAAUCUCUGUGUGAGCAAAGUAAGAAGCAGGCAAGUAUCAUAGCCUCUAUGGAACAAAGCCUGAGACAAUACCAGCUUUCACCUGUGUUUGAGAAAAAAUCCAUUGUCAUCAAUGCAUUGAAUAAAGUCAAAGUAGAAUCUUCUGGGCCUGUCACAAUCCUGUCAACCAAAACUGAUGUGAAUGGAGUAGAAUCAUCAGCACUUGCCUCAUCCACUGAAGUUCUUAAAAAAACACCUGAUUCCACCCCUAAGAAGGAACAACUUCUACAAAGUUUUAUGGAUUCUCCUGUGAAGCUGUUGAAUACCCCUAUAAAGAAUCUUUUAGACACCCCAAUGAAAACACAGUAUGAUAUUGCAUCCUGUCACUGUGUUGAACAAAUAAGUGAGAAGGAUGAAGGCCCAUACUACACUCACUUGGGGGCAGCACCAAGCAUUGCUGGCAUACGGGAAAUGAUGGAAAAAAGGUCUGGCCUAACAGGGCGCGCCAUCAGAAUUGAGAAAGUAAUAUACACCGGGAAGGAAGGAAAAAGUACACAAGGAUGCCCCAUAGCCAAAUGGGUGAUUCGUCGAUCCGGUGAAGAAGAAAAGCUAUUGGUUUUGGUGCGGGAACGCCCUGGCCACAGAUGUGCAACAACCUGCAUCAUUGUUGUAAUUCUAGUUUGGGAAGGGAUUCUGCCAAGUCUAGCUGACCGCCUCUACCUCGAGCUAAGUGAAACUCUAACAAAACAUGGAACCCUCACCCAGAGACGCUGUGCUCUCAAUGAGGAGAGGACAUGUGCAUGCCAGGGAUUAGAUCCUGAAGCCUGUGGAGCAUCAUUCUCCUUUGGCUGUUCCUGGAGCAUGUACUACAAUGGCUGCAAGUUUGCCCGGAGCAAAGUCCCAAGAAAAUUCAAGUUACUUGGAGAUGAUGUGAAGGAGGAAGAGAGAGUGGAGAGCAACUUUCAAAAUCUGGCAACUUUACUGGCUCCCUUGUAUAAAACUAUGGCACCUGAAGCUUAUGGAAACCAGGUGGAACAUGAACAUAGGGCUUUGGAUUGCCGUCUUGGGCUCAAGGAUGGCCGUCCUUUCUCUGGGGUUACUGCUUGUAUGGAUUUCUGCGCCCAUGCUCAUAGAGACCUCCACAACAUGCAGGGUGGCAGCACUGUGGUGUGUACAUUAACGAGGGAGGAUAACAGAGGGAUUGGAAAGAUUCCAGAGGAUGAGCAGCUUCAUGUCUUACCUCUUUAUAAAGCUUCCAACACUGAUGAAUUUGGAAGUGAGGAAGGUCAACAAGAAAAAAUAAAGUCAGGGGCUAUCCAAGUUCUCAGUGUUUUCCGCCGCCAGGUGCGCAUGCUUGCAGAGCCUGCUAAAUCUUGCCGACAAAAAAAGCUGGAUGCUAAGAAAGCAGCUGCCAACAAGAAUGCCAUGCUGGAAAGCUCCAACGAUAAAGGAGAGAAGGCCAAAUCAAAAGCUGGCACUUUUGAGAAUUCUACUCAGAGCAAUCCAAUGGCAGGACUUAUUCCAGGUGCUGUAGGAGCAACCCGUCAAUCAUGUCAGCCACAACACCCCCUAGGGGUCCAUCAGCAGCAGCAACACCACCAGAGCAUUCUCCCUCCUUAUCCUGGCUCAACAAAUGCUGCUUUCUCCAGGUUUCCCAACCAUAAUGGGUCUUUUCCAAGCACUUCAAAGCCAGGAAGUAUAUAUCCCCAUCAGCCAUCAUCUUCCAGCCCUUAUCCUUCCCCACUCCAUGCAUCAAACUCAUACAUGAAUGCAUCCAAUCGUCCAUACCUCGGUUAUCAAUGUAAUGGAGGAAUUCCCUUUGACAACUACAAUCCAUAUUAUCCCCCAAACCCAAAGCACUUAGAAAUGUAUCGACAACAACGGCCGACACUUUACUCAGAGCAGCAGUAUGGUAUACGGCGUUAUGAGGUCAAUUACCCACCAAGAUAUGGUGAGCCAGGCUUACAGGUCAAUGGUUAUAAUGCCAGCAGCAUUAGACCAGUUCCUCCCAUGCGACCUUAUGGACCUUAUACUCCUAAUAGCGCCUCAGAUCCCCGGUUUCUGGACCCCCUCUCAAGAGCAUCCUCAGCCCAUGCAGGCGUAGAUUACAAAACUGCUAUGAGCAAAGGCAAUCGGUUUGGAGAAUGCCCAAAUCCAUAUCUGCCCCAGAACCCUCAAAUGCUGUCCCCAGGCCAAGAUCCUUUCCAUUUGCAAAUCAAAGCAGAGAUGGGUAUGCCUGGUCCACAAAUGCUUUCUGCUCAGUCUGGCAGUAUGUGUUUAAACCCUGAAACACAGUCAGGGUUAAGGUUGCCAAAUGGAAGCCUCAUGGGUUCCAGUAUCAAGCUGGAGCCUGGAACACCACAGACACCCACCACGCCGCAAAAGCCAGAGCUGUGGUCAGACAACGAGCACAAUUUCUUAGACCCUGAUAUUGGUGGAGUGGCUGUGGCACCUAGCCAUGGCUCUGUCCUUAUUGAGUGUGCAAAACGGGAGCUCCAUGCGACAACGCCCCUUAAAAAUCCAGAUCGCACCCACCCAACCCGUAUUUCCUUAGUGUUCUACCAGCACAAAAAUUUGAAUGAAGCCAAGCAUGGUUUGGCACUGUGGGAAGCAAAGAUGGCAGAAAAGGCUAGAGAGAAAGAAGAAGAAGCAGAGAGGAAUGGCGGUGAGGGGACUCCUAGCAAGACCAGCAAAAAGGGGCCUAAACGUGAGCAUUUAGAGUCAUCAGAGACCACAGGGGAGCCUCCUUACAAACGUUAUAUCAAGGCACUAAUGGAGGGAUCUUUGUCAUGCACAACAAACACGUAUGUCAGUACAUCUCCGUACGCCUUCACCAAGGUUACAGGGCCUUACAGCCAGCUUGCGUAGAAAACACUCAUUAAGAAGACCCUUGAAGGUGCUAUGACAAACAAGACCACAGGCACCAAUGCCCUCCCAUCACCCUUUUGUUGUAAAAGGAACCUGUGAUUAGAUGAGCUACAAAUCACCUUUCACCUCUUUAACAAUCAAGCUUUACCCGUUUACCCUACAAAGGUUGUAUUUAUUCUUCUUUGGUAACUUUUGCAAGAUACAAACUCUCUGGUGCUUUUACUCUGAUACACACGGAUCUAUUUUAGCUGUAAAGAGUGAGUUUUGGUGGUUUUUAUUUUUCUUUCAAAGUUUUUUGGAGAUGUAAUCUUGGCAUAAAACACUGACUUUUUGUAAAUGACAACAUUCACGGUGCUAAAAAAUUAUGCUUAUUACCUUUUAUUUUAAUUCAAAUGCCUUUACACUAACUGCACAGAUAAAUGUCAGCGGGACACCGGAAAUAUCAUGCCAACAUACAAAAUGCUUUUUGAAAAGCCAGUGUUUUUUAAAACACAUUUGGUAAUGAUAGUUGAAGCUGAAAAAAGUUUUGGUAGUACCUUUAAAUUAUAAGAUCUGGUAAAAGCAUAUGUCUGCAUUGAAAGCAUGUCAUUUCUAAGCAACACAUUGUGACAUUCAUGAAUUUGUAAGGACUUGGGGGUUGUAUGAACAAUCCAUAAAGGUGUCCAUGCAAAAGUUUUAACAGUUUUAUCAAUUGCUGGUGCUUCUUUCACUUUCCUAUGUCAUUUUUACUGUAAAUUGAGCCAUUCUUUUAUGGUGCAUUUUUGAAAGAAAAAAAAAAAACAGAGAAAGAUCUCGGUUUUUCUGGUUCUU